UUUUAUAAUUUCAUAGAAAACAUGAUAUACAAGAUAAGUACUAGUAAAAAUCAUAAAUAUUAUAUUAGGUACCAUCAAAACCAGAGAGAAGUCUGCCUCGGCCUUCCAUCGCUCUAUCAAACAACAUUCCCCACUAUUAAACAUCACCCCACAAAAACAGAUCACAAUUUAUCCCAUGGUGAUGGAGUCAACUCUCUUCUUCCUCCUCCCCUUCUUAGCCUUCCUCCUCCUCCUCCCCGCCGCUCCAACCUCUCUCUUCCCCAAAGAAGCUCUCCCCACCAAAUCUGGCUACCUUCCCAUCAACGCCACCACCUCCAAUUCGUCCGCCGCCCUCUUCUAUGCCUACUACGAAGCCCAGCAUCCCCUCACCCCCAUCUCCCGCACCCCACUCCUCGUCUGGCUCCAGGGCGGCCCCGGCUGCUCCUCCAUGCUCGGCAACCUAUUCGAGCUCGGCCCCUGGCUCGUCGCCACCGACGAGCCCACCCUCCGCUCCAAUCCCGCUGCCUGGAACCGCCGCUUCGGCCUCCUCUUCAUCGACAGCCCCCUCGGCACCGGCUUCAGCACUGCCGCCAACCCCGACGACAUCCCCCGGGACCAGACCACCGUGGCCAGACACCUCUGGGGCGCCCUCCAGUCUUUCCUCUCUUCCAAUUCCUCUUUCAAGACCCGCCCACUCUACCUCACCGGCGAGAGCUACGCCGGGAAGUACAUCCCGGCCGCCGGGUACUACAUCCUGCAGCAGAACUCCCAGCUGCCGAGGCCCCGCGGGAUUAAUUUAAAGGGUGUUGCGAUUGGGAACGGGCUGACGCACCCGGUGGCGCAGGUGGCGACGCAUGCGGCGAGCGCGUACUUCACCGGGCUGAUCAACGAGAGGCAGAGAGGGUACCUUGAGGAGCUUCAGAGCAUCGCGAUGAAAUUGACACUGGAGGAAAAGUGGUCCGAGGCAUCGGAUGCGAGAGGGCGGGUCUUGCAACGGCUGCAGAACAUGACGGGGCUGGCAACUCUGUAUGACCUGUCAAAGAAAAAGCCUUACGAAUCCGACAUGGUUGGGGUUCUACUGAACAAGGAUGAGGUGAAGGAGGCACUGGGUGUCGCCAAAGGGGUGGUUUGGGAAGAAUGCGGCGACACCGUGGGAAGUGUUCUGCAUGAAGACGUGAUGAAGAGCGUGAAGUUCAUGGCGGAGGAGCUGGUGAGGAAGAGCAGGGUGCUGCUGUACCAGGGGAUAUAUGAUUUGAGAGAUGGGGUGGUAUCGACGGAGGCUUGGAUGAGGGAGAUGGAGUGGGAGGGCCUGGAGGACUUCCUGCGGGCGGAGAGGAAGGUCUGGAAGGUGAAUGGGGAGCUGGCCGGGUAUGUGCAGAGGUGGGGGAGCUUGAGCCAUGUCGUCGUCUCCGGGGCCGGGCAUCUCGUCCCUGCUGACCAGGGCCAGAGCUCUCAGGCGAUGAUUGAGGAUUGGGUACUGGAGAAGGGGUUGUUUAGUGAACCUGGUAAGGAAGCUCCAGUUCUCAGGAGAGCUCACUGAAUGAAAUAUUGGAGGUCUCAGGUAAGCUUAUUGCAAUAAGAUGUCUUCUUGAUAUCAGGCACUGCUGUACAUCAUACUCCUCCUGAAGCAUCAUUAGCAGUUGCUGCAAUUUGUAGCCAAACCAGUUAAGCAGAAUUAUCAUCCCUUCACUGUGAUGUUCAUUGGCAUUUGAAUUAAGCUGUGUCGGUCGAUGAAUAGUUCUUA